GGAUUCAGGGUAAAAUCACAUCAGGCAUAAUGUUGGGCAGCCUACACCACAUGCGCGUGUGUGACCAUGUUCCUCAAACCCCACUGCUUUGUUUUGGAGGAGUGACUGUGACACGGUUGAAUCCUUUGUUGUGAAAACGCAAACGGCGACGCGUGUGUACUCGUGUGUGCGUGUUGUGUGUCUUCGGGGCGUGUGUGGGAUAAGAACGAGUGAAAGUAUGUCGAAAAGAGCGAAGAAAAAUGAGCAGGAGGCUGGAGAUGGUGACCAUGACAACGGCACAGCUCCCGCUGCCAAGAAAGGAAAGAAGGUCAAGGAACCAGAGGCCCCCAUUCUGUACAGUGACCCUCCUGAUAAGAUGAACAGCAAAGAUGGUCGUGCUGCUAACAUGAAGAUCACCUCCUGGAAUGUGGAUGGGCUCAGAGCUUGGGUCAAGAAGAAGGGCCUUGAUUGGGUGCGUGACGAGGCCCCAGAUGUGCUGUGCCUGCAGGAGACGAAGUGCGCUGAGAAGUCCCUUCCUGAUGAAAUCACCUCCAUGCCCGAGUUCCCCCACAAGUACUGGGCUGGCUCCGAUGAGAAGGAGGGCUAUAGCGGGGUAGCUAUGCUGUGCAAGACUGAGCCCCUCAAAGUUACCUAUGGCAUAGGUGAGUGAAUGGCUG